AUGUCAAUUUUAAAUAUUGGCCAAUUAUUUACUACCGUAUUAUCACGUAUAUUAAGCGAAUUAUUUGAUUCUGAUGGAACUGAAAAAUCAUUAUUUUAUUCGAUAAUUGAUCAAUAUUGUGCAACUAGUUCAAGUCCACGUUUACAAAAUUUAUGCAAUAUAAAAUUAGCUCGACGUCUUAUUCUAGUUUUUAGCAUUAUUUGGAUUCUAUAUGGAUUACCUUAUUUAAUCCUUUACAAUCACAUUGUUUUACCAAUGACACAUCAAGUCAUAUGUACUAUGACUAAUAUAAUUUAUAUACAAUUUCGUGCUUAUUUUACUGCGCCCGUUUUGGUAGGAUUUCUACCUAUUUUAAUGACAAUUACAUUUGGAUCAAUGGCUUAUCGAAAUAUUCAACAAAUGCGUUAUUAUACUGUUCCACUUAUUCGACGUGAAUUAGAUAAACAAUUGACAUCAAUAGUUCUAGCACAAGGAAUUAUAAAUAUCUUUCUUCUUUUACCAUAUACAAUCAUGAAUAUCAUUGUAUUAACUACAAAUACGCUUGAUAAUACAUUUCUCAAAGAACAAAUAAAUUUUGUUAAUAAUAUAACAUUUAUUGUUUUUUGGAUUUAUUCAGUAUGUCCAUUCUAUAUUUACAUAUAUGUUUCACAGCGAUUUCGACGACAAUUUAUUCAUGUAUUUUCUCAAAUACACUGGAAGCAAAAUGCAAAUCAAGUGAUGCCGCAAGGACAAGUCGAAUAA